AUGACAACUAAUUUAACUAGAGAUGCUGAAUUCCUUAGUGAAUUGACACCUACUCAAGAUCAUUUUUUGAAGAAAUAUCUAUUGGAGACGCAAUUAAGCCACGAGCUUCAUUACUUAUCCAAGCCAAACUGUCUUGAAUAUUUGGGGUUUCCAUUCAAGUCAUCAAAAGAGGAGAAACUUGGAGAUGAAAAGCCCAAAAGCCAAGGAGAGGAAACAUUACCUCUAUUGAAGUACUUUUUCAGUAAUUUCAUUCAAUCUUUCCCUUUUAUCACCAACAAUCCGGAGAAAGACCAAUUGGAAUUUUGGAGAGACACUGUGCAGCCAUUUGUGGAAAGCUUCAAUACAAAAAAUGUGAGUGAUUCUUUAGAACGUAAGGACGAAAUCACUAAAAGAAAACAAGUUAAUACCAAGUUACUACAUGGACUAUUAUUAUUUUACAAUUCAAUGUUGAUAAGUGAGAAGGAUUUGAAUUAUUUGCAUGAAGAUCACUUAAAACCUUCUGAUACUGGUAAAUUGGAUAAGUUGCAAAAAGGUGCAGCCGCUAAGCCCGAUGAUUUUCAAACUAAUGUUGAAUUGGAUGACUUUAAGAAAUUCAAAUACGUGAAUGAUUUGAGUUUAAAUAUAAUUGCGGUUAAGAGGGUUGGCGAUUGGUUGAAUAUUGAAAGAAAACCUUCAAAUUCUAGUGUAACUAGUGGACAAACCAUGGAACGAUCAAGUUCUUGGAAUGUAUUCAAACAUAUUCCUAUAAUUCUGUCAGCUACACUGAAUAACAAGCCAAAGCAUAACUAUGAAUUCAUUAUUCAAGUCACCAAAAGACUGAAGAAUGACAAUGGGGCAUACGAAUAUAGAUCACACUUUGUUUCAAAACCAUACCAUGAUUUCAAAUUACUAGAAUCGAAAUUGAAAAAAAAAUAUCCUGGAUUAAUGGCUACUGAUAUACCAGCAUUACCAUCCAAAUUGAAACACGAUGAUGGUGUUAGUAUGGAAGAACUGGAUUCACCUAUUUUAAGUCAAAGUGACAGUAAAUCUCUGGAAGCCGAUACUGUGUUGGUUGAUGAAGAUCCUAAACCAGGAAAUAUCAAAAUUAAAUUAUAUCGAGAAAAGCUUAGAUUGGCUCUCCGUGGAUAUUUGUCUAAGUUAGUUAAACAUGUUGAGAUUGUACAAAGUGAAAUUUUCACUCAUUUUAUCUAUGAAUCAGCUUUUGACAAUUUAUCAAUUGAUGAAUCAAUAGACCAUGAAGAAAGAUUAGAACAUGAAAAAUCCAUAAUUGUUACUCAAAGGGAAUUUCAACAGCAAACUGCUAAAAUAGUUUAUGAAUUAUCGCAAGAUUUUGAUCAAUUUAAGGAACAGUUAAUCAGUAACCCUGAAUCAUUGAGUGAGAUCUUUAAAGAAUUAAGUGAAAGUAAAUCAAUAGAUGAAUUAUCGCCAUUAUUGAAAACAUUUUUAGAGUGGUGUAAAUUAGAGGUUGCUGCCACAUUAUAUCAAGUAUUCUUAGGACAAGAUAAUUCAAGUGAAUGGUUAAUAAAAUGUCAAAAAUUUCAUAGAUUAUUUCCAUAUAAUAUAAUUUAUGGGAUCUUAAAAUUUACUAAUCCAGUCAAGGUUGUCUCAAGAGUGGUUGAUUUAUUAUUAGUAAAUUUCCCAAGUUUUCUGUUACCAUCCUGGCCUGGUAGUAGUAGUAAAGAAAACGAUGAAUUAAAAACUGCAUCAAAGAAGACUGGAGCUAAGAAUCUAUUAUCAAUGAUGUUUGUAAUGUUAUUGGAUGAAGAUUUAGGUGAUUAUGAAAAAGAGAUCAAACAAUUAUUAGAAGGAGAAGUUUUAAAAGAUGGGAAGUAUAACAAAUUUAUUAAUAAAAUUGAUAAAUACGUUGCACUUGAGAAAAUCGAAGUCAUUGAUGAGAUUAAAACUGAAGCCAUGGACGGUAAUGAAGAUUUAUUAUUGACAAUUUUGAAAACGGCUAAAUGUGGCGGGUUUGUAAUAUCGGAUCAAGAUGAGAAAUAUCACGAAAUAUUGAAAAGUUAUAAAUCAUAUGAGUCCCUUGAUGGAACACAAGAAAUCAGCAAUAGUGAGUUGUAUUUAACAUUGAAACAGUAUUGGCAACUAUUGAUUCGCCGAAGAGAUAAAGAUAUUAUGAAACAAUUAUGGCAAGAACCAGAAUUGACUCAAUUAAUUAAGAAGUUUUUAACGAUAUUUUAUCAACCAUUAAUGAAAAUUUUCAAAAAAUGUGACAUUCAUUUAGUUUUCAAAGAUUUUGAAAAAUUCAUGGAUGAUUUAAUGAAAGAAUUAGGAAAAUUGAAUAACGGGGAAGUUUUUUAUAUGAGCUCGAUUGAAAUAUUCAAUAAGUUUAAAAAAAUUCUUGAUAAACAUCAAAUUGUUUUAUGGAGAUUCAUAAAUGAUUUAUAUAAUAAAGACGAUCAAAAACUUUUUAUAAAAUUAAUCAAAUGGAUUGAAAAUUUCUUAAAAUUACUUCGAAUGAAGUACAUUAAUGAAUCGAGUGUUAAAUUAAACUUAACCCAAUUAUCAAGUCAAAAUGAUUUAGAUAUCAAUCUAUUUUGGAAUCAAUUAAAUAAUAGAAUUGAAAAUAUCUUAACCAAAAGAAGAUUGUUAAAAGAUUAUCUACAACAACAAGCCGCUGGCGAAGAAGAGGAUCAUCAACAAAUGAUUGAUUCUAAAUGGGAUGAUGUUAAUAAUGAUAUCUUCCGUAAUACUGACGGGAAAGAAUUUGGUAUUGAUGCCAGAGAAUUAGAAGAGUUUAAUCUAUUACAAAAACACCAAGAUUCAUUAAAAGAAAAAGACGUUAACAACAAAGAAAAACAAGAAUUAUAUAAAAAACUAGCAUCAAUCGAUAAAUCAAUGAAUGAUUUGGGUACUAGUGAACUAGAUAAAUUCGAAUCUUCCUUCCAAAUCCAAUUGACUAGCUUACUCGCUAAUAUUCAUAUGAAUUAA